AGUGCUGCCAUGGCCUUAUUCCUAGCUACAACGGACUCCACCAUAGUCUCGACCAGCCUGCCCACCAUUGCUAAUGAGUUCGAGGCUUCUCAGACCGAGUAUACAUGGGUUAGCGUGGCGUACAUGCUCACCCAAACAGUGUGCCAGCCGUUCUACGGGAGCAUCUCAGAUCUGGUGGGAAGAAAAAAUGUUCUCUAUGUCAGCAUCAGCAUCUUCGCCUUGGGAUCUUUGCUUUGCGGGGCGGCUCAAAGUAUCACAUGGCUAAUUCUUGCUCGCGGCUUGGCAGGAGUCGGCGGUGGCGGAAUUGUCAGCUCUGUAUGGGUCAUUACCUCCGAAAUUGUGGAGGUGCACAAAAGGGCAACAUGGUCUCAGGCUCUGAGUAUCACUUGGAGCUGUUCAGCAAUAGCAGGCCCUCUUCUUGGAGGUGUUUUUAGUAGUGCGUUCAGUACACUCGUUCUCGCCUCUAUAUACCUUCCUUAUCGUCAUCUUAUCGUCAUAGGUCAAGGAAACUCUUCGCUAGGCUGGAGAUGGGCAUUUUACUUGAACCUACCCGUGUGCCUGGUGGCCACCAUCGUGCUGGUUUUAUCCCUCUAUGGUGCGGGACCCAAGCGACCGAAAGGUGCAUCAUGGAAGGUCUUCCUACAAAGAUUUGACUUCAUCGGACUAGCUCUGUUCAUAUCCGGGUCUUGUUGUAUCAUUGUGGGGUUCAGUUUCGCAAGUUCAAAUAGUUGGACUGCACCAUCGACAGUGGUUUUGAUCAUUGUCGGAGCUUUGCUCCUUGCAUGUGCAGGCUGGUAUGAGUUAAACACUUCGCGAGAUGCUCUCUUCCCUCCAACCGCUUUCAAAAAUAUCACAAUUGUUAUCAUUCUAAUCGUCAACUUUCUUCACAAUUUCGCAUUCAACGCCGGGACAUUUUAUUUGGCUCUGUACUACCAGGCUGUCAAUAAUUCCACACCCCUAACAGCUGGAUUGAUGUUGCUUCCAUACUCUCUCGGCUCGUCACUCGCCUCUUUCCCUGCUGCUUGGUUCAUUCACUACCGACAGCAACGAACAAACAAUACUAGUGGUCAGAAACUAGUUAUCUGCAUCGGCUUGGCAAUCUCAUGCCUGGGCUUUGGCCUUUUGCACUUACUUGAGGACAAUACUCCUCGCAACAUGCAAUCUCUUCUGCCGAUUAUCGCUGGCUUCGGUCUCGGCUUACUCUUUCAUGCGCCUUAUCAAAUCUUCACGAACGCUCUCAAGCCCCAUGAGCUGGCAACGGGCACCAGCGCAUUCUUUCUCGUGAGAUUCACUGGCGCUACAGUUGGACUAGCUAUCGCUGGGGCAGUUUUCCAGAACGAGUUAUCUCACACACUCCCCCCUUCCUUUGAGGCGCAAGGCUUCGAGUCGUUCGACAUGGAUAGCUUAUACUCCAUCUCAUCGCCCAUGGAGCUAUCACAGGCAUUGCAUGCCGUAGCGCUAUCAGUCCAAAGUAUAUGGACACUCUGCUCCCCCUGCUUGGGAUUCGCCCUCAUGGUGUGUUCAUGUGUGGUCAUCGAACACGUGGCAGCUUGUGCUUAUCUUAUGUCAUCGCUAGAUCUCUCUUUUUCUGCGGCGAUCAUCGGUAGAGAGCCACGAUGCACCACCGCCAGUCGAUAUACUGUCUGCCGGUCCGACACCUGCCAAAAUAUCUGA